CAGCAAUUAAACCAAUAAAUGAACUUGAGAAUCUUGCGUGACAAUUAGAUAAAUAUCAGUAUAUGCUUUGUUCCGAGAAAUAAGUUUUCGACUAAAAGCUCAGUAAGUGUUUUAUGACUCCGAGUACUUCAUGGAUGAGGAAGGAAAAGUAUUAUUAUAUUCCGGGAGGAAGGGUUGAUGACGUCUGUAGCAUCCUUAAUGUGACUUAUUGAAACUAGACAAGCUGUUGGAUUCAUGCAUAAAAAUCCGAGAGCAACGGUACAACAAACAAAAGUUUCGGAUACAGAUAAUAUGUAGACAAAUGUUUACAUUGCUGUUCAUAAAACGGUGUUUAUACAGACUUCUGGUAAUUGCAUAUUGUAUAUAAAAGUGUGGAGGGCUGGCCACGUUGACGGGCUCGCAAGAAAACGGCAGAGGCGCUUCAGUGAAGAAGUGCCGUGAGAAAGAUUUUAUCUCAUUCUCACAAUCUCAGCCACAUCCGGAUCGCAUCCUGCACAACACUCAUCUUAUUCUGCAAUAGAUUCACCAUGUCUAGUAAAUCGACUUUAGCUUUACUUAUCUACGGGAUCAUUAUGCAUUGCAGUGUCUACUGUUCACCUAGUGGGCUUAGUUAUCCUAAAAUUAGUGUGAUGGUGAGAGACGGAACAUUUGAGAAUGAAGUGUAUGACGAAGGAGGAAACUCGUUACCAGAUUUGGCUUUUGACAGCGAUCAGAUUGCUAUACGAAACCCCCCGUCAGUAAUUGAUGAUGUAUAUACAUUCUACUAUCCACCGGAGAAGAGAACAGAAAGGCAUGCUGAUGGGAUAUUUAAUAAAGCCUAUAGGACGGUGCUGGGUCAGUUGUCAGCAAGAAAAUAUCUCCAUUCUCUGAUGGCAAAGCGUGUAGGAGGAGGCAGCAGUAUGGAGGAUGAUUCAGAACCUUUAUCUAAGAGGCAUUCGGAUGGUAUCUUUACAGACAGCUACAGCCGCUACAGGAAACAAAUGGCUGUCAAGAAGUAUCUGGCAGCAGUCCUUGGGAAAAGGUAUAAACAAAGGGUUAAAAAUAAAGGACGUCGAGUAGCCUUUUUGUAGCGUUGAGUUACCAACUGCCCUGUGUACACAGCCCUAAAAAUCAAGAGUCAUUUCGAGAUAACUGAACAAUCAUCGAUCGCUCCUGUGUUAUUUAAACAUGUAUUUAUGUAUGAAGUAAAGCCAUUAAAAAUGAAUAUUUUGAUAAUAAUAUUGUUUUUCUUUUGUACAAAGCACUUGAGACCGCACAGAUCUACUUUGUGGACCAAUUGAUUUACGUGAUAUGUAUAUAUAGGCUGCAGAUAUGUAAUUCAUAUAAAGUGUGCACACGAAAGUAAUUAGCCUGAGCUCUUUUAUCUUUUAUAUUAAAAAUAUAUACAGAAAAAAGACAAUCAUUGUUUUGAAUGGUACUCCUAUUUUUGUAACUGAAGUUAAGAAGUUAGUGUUUUUAUUCAUGACAGCCCUGAAGACAUUAAUUUUGACCAUAUGCUACUGGACAUAGACCUUCAUGCCCUGCUUCAAGGGGAUUUUGAUCCUUAUGAUUUGGGAGAAUUCCUGAAACUGAUUUCUCCUUCGGUGAGUCCGAUCACAAAGGCUCCUUUACACAAGACUGUCUCCGGGGAAUCUGUCCCCCUGUAUUCGCUUCAAUACUUCCGUGUCAUCUUUAUCUCUGAACCUAUCAGUGAUUUUUUUUUCCUUCUUGUUCUUUAUUUCUUAAUACGUGUUACAGGUGUUUAACAAGUUUAAUCUUUGCCAAAAUUCUGCAACAUGCAUUUCCUUAAGAAGAAAAUCGAUCCAAAAAUAUAAAAUCACACACACGCACAUUACGUUGUACGUAAUGCCCUAAUGAUUAUUUGAUAUUUUGAGAGAUAGCAAAAUAUUUCGAUGUCGUAUUAGUCACCACCUCAUUCACACACACACACACACACACACAUAUAUAUAUAUAUAUAUAUAUAUAUAUAUAUAUAUAUAUAUAUAUAUAUAUAUAUAUAUAUAUAUAUAUAUAUAUAUAUAUAUAUGAGAUUUGAAAGUUUGCACAAGUCCCGUUUUGUUUUCAUUUUUCCAAUCUGACCUCUUACGAAAAGGAAAAAAAUCCUUCAAAUUUGUGCAAAGUAUUAUGUGUUACUCUCUAGUGCUAUCUCUGUCUGCUGAAUCAAUUAACUAUAUAAUCUCAGUUAAGAAAAGCUUUUAACUACUGCCUGGGUGUGUAGGUCUAAUUGUUUCUGUUUGUCGUUUGAUCUCUAUACUAAUUCUUAAAUUGCAAAUUCAAGUGUGCACUUAUCUCAGUCUCCUCUUUAUUGUGCCUCAUCUUUCUUUCUAAGGAAAAAAAUGCUUAUUCUGUAAAGCUUCUUGAAACAUUUAAUGUGUUAACGACUUUAAUCGGUAUGCAACCUAAAACGACACCAAUUUCUUCUGGUCACUAUUAUUUGCUAAAAUUGUACUGUGUAUACUGUAGAAAAUGUUUAACCAAUUUCAGACUUCUUUCGCUGCAUUCAAUCUUUUGUUUUUUUUAUUACAUUCUUUUGAAUGUACGCACCUGAGCACCAAGUGAUACUGUUUCAUGUGCAUGAUGAACCUGAAUAAAAUAAAUAUUAGAGCUACAUAAUAUUUAGCACAUAAAGAAUUCACUGAAGUGGUGUCGCUUUAACAUGUGUCCCUUCUUUAUGCCUUGAAUUGAUUAAGCAAUUCAUUUUGAUUUAAGUGUUAGAUAUGCCUUCAUCUUCAGUUGUGUUCAUGUGCAAAUAAUUCUGAUUUAGGGUUUAUUAUUUCAUGAUUACGAUUUAGUCGGGUAAUUUCUCUACAUGCUUUGCCAUGAAGAAGCCUGUAAACAUGUUGCUUCUUCUCUGUGAAUUGGAGACACAGUGUAAAUAACUAGCAGGGCAUGCAUGUCACUGAAUCCCUUUGUUACACAUGAGCACAAGUGAGCACAGAGCCACGUGUUCUGUGAUAAGUAUGGAUUACUUAAUCUAUUCACCAACAGGUUAAUCUUGAUAUUCGAAAACUGUGAUCGUAUGUGUUUUCUUGUUAGCGAUUAAGCACUGAGAACAAGACAUGUUUGUAUAAAAACGGGCUACCACCUCCUGGCAAUGUAGGGGCGCCAUUAUCUGAAUGGGAGCCGCCCAAUCAGCCUUUUAGACCAGACCAGUUCUAGCUGGGUUGGGCAGCUCUUUCAAUGUGCCCUACUGUGCCCGGUCCUUCUUUUGACUGGGAAAAAAAAAAA